AUGGCCGAGCUGCACAAGGCGCUAGAGUGUCUCAGGCCCAAGGACUUCAGCGACGUGCCUACGGAUAACCUCAAGAGCUUCCUGCCUGGAAUCCUCGCAAACGCUGAACUCAUUGCGAACUCGGUCCCUCCGCCGCCGAACGGCACGCCCUAUGAGUCGGCGCAGCGCACGCGCACCUCUCCACAGCCUGCAGCGAAUGCCGCAGACCUCACCAAGUCGGAAGUACGGCGGCCGCCGCCUGCAAAGGACCAUGAAGCGCUGCAGAAAUCGUGGGGGAAGCCGGUGAAGCUGAGCGCCCAGCAGACCGCGACCGGCAUGAGCGUGUACAAGAUGGCGGGGCACGACAGACACGGCGCGUGGUUUGCGCGGUCGAGUGUGCAUGAGGGCCUCGGCUUCUCCAAGUGGAAGCGCAUGAUGCAGAGGGAGUUUCCCGAGAGUCUGGAGGUGCAGGGCGGGCCUGGCGAGGGCAACAUCAGAGGCAUCGGCGGAGACCAGCGGCUGGAGGACUUGACUGUCGACGGCGUGGGCAAUCUGCAGGUUUACCAGCUAUCUGCGCAGUUUCCCGGCCCUACGUCACCGCGAGAGUUUAUCACACUACUGAUCACAUCCGAGAACGCCCUCAGCGAAGCCUCCAAGAUUGACUCUACAGUGCCACGGCACUGGAUGGUCGUCUCGAUACCCGUCACACACCCAGAAGCCCCGCCGCGUGCCGGCAUGGUGCUCGGCCAGUACGAGUCGAUCGAGAUGAUCAGAGAGAUACCACUCACCGGCAAUGACGAUGCUGAGACCAACCCAGUGGAAUGGAUAAUGGUCACACGCAGUGACCCUGGAGGUGGCAUACCGCGCUUCAUGGUGGAAAGGAACGUACCAAGCAGUAUCGUGGCAGAUGCGAUCAAGUUCCUGGACUGGGCAUGCGCGAGGAACGACAACGAACCAAGUGAGGCAUCGGAAGCUGGCCAGGAGAACACAACAGAUGCACCACAGCAAAGCGUCGAGGCACAGCCGCGGUACUCGCUGGAGAACUCGAAUGGCCUUGGUGCAGGAGUUGGCACCAGCAUAGCGGACAGGCCAUCAUCGACGCGCCGACGAGCGUCACACCAAGUGGUCGGCGACAUAGAGCCGGCACAAGACGGCUACCUGGACCAGCUCAGGGGCGCAGUAGGCGGCCUGAGUGCCUACAUUCCAGACGCCAUGAAUCCUAUGCCACAGUUGCAGCGCACCAUCUCCAGCAGCUCUUCUUCCACCGCGUCAUCAGCAGACUCAUUCGCCUCAGCCACACAAUUCACGUCCGCCCCCCAGGGUCUGCCCAUCGACAACACAAUCCCCACUCCCUCGACCGCAUCCGAAGUCUCCGUCCCCGUCAACGAUGACAGCCACCACGCACGCGAACUGAACAGCAUCGAAACUAAGAAACUCCAACUGCGCGAAAAGUUCGACUCGGAGCGAGAAAAGCGCAGUGCCGCAGUCGCCACCGCGUCGCAACAAUCCCAAAAGGACAUUGAAAAAGCCGCCGAAAAGCACGCCCGCGACAAGAAAAAGCAAGAAGAAAAAUAUGCAAAGGAGAUGCGCAAACUCGAAGAGCGACGCGAAAAGGAAACCAAGAAGCUCCUCGCUCGCCAGCAGAAAGAGGCCGAUAAGAGCAAGCUCGCGACUGCGCAGCGGGAGCGGGAUGAGGCGCGCAAGCAGAAGGAACUCGUGGAUAAGGAGAAUAAACUGCUCAAGGAGCAGGUUGCUGAGCUGCAAAGGGAGAAUACAGCGUUGGUGGUCAAGCUAGGGAAGAGCGAUAUUGGCAAGGAUAUUCUUGCCAGUUUUAGGGCGGAGGGGGGGCGGACGAGGGCGAGUAGUCGCGCGAGUGGUAGUUCAGUGAAGAGUGGGCUGGUGAGGAGUGGGACUGCGCCGAUCAGCUGA